GAGCCAGUCGCUUGGAGACACUCGAACUUGGUGCAACGCUGUUUGUAGAAUUUUGCUGUGAUUUUUGUGUGAGAAGUGAUCGCUGUGCGUGCUGCAGAAAAAUCCACACAGCAAGUGUUUGUUUUAUUGGGUGAUCAUUGCUUGCACAUUUGAGCUGUUUUUUUCUGUGAAGAACAUUAAGAAGCCUUUUGAGCUUUUCUUUUUUUUUCUAAAAAAGAAAAAGAAAAAUUUUCCGAGCUUCGAGCAAUCUGAGAGAGAGAGAGUGGGAGAGAGCAAGUGCGAUCGGAAGGAAAAUAUCGCAUUGAAUGAAUUAAUUUGGCAAGAGAGUUUGUCGCAGUGAUCGUGAUAUUGAAAAUACCCAAGUGAUUCGUUUGCUAAAUCCAUCACUUUCUGCCUGCAAGUUCAAGUGCAUCGUAGAAAUAGUUUCGUUGCAAAAAAGCUGUCGAAAUCUAUUUUUGGGGGAAUUUUUCUCAUCUUAAUUUAAAACCCCCACAAAGACGAACGGCAAGGGAGAAAUUUUCCAUCGUCAAACAGGAAUAACGUGAUAAAUUUUGCUGCUGAUCACGCGCCAUUUAUGUAGCAACGAGUGCUUUGGAAGAGACGCAGGUUGAUCCCGGGACAAUAAUUUGUUAUUUGCAGUGUGACUUCCAGAGAGUAAAUCAUGAGUAGUAAAACUCGCUCAAAUAGCGCAAAUCAUGGGCACAGCAACUCAGGCUUCGUCCCCGAUGAUGGGUCAGGGCGGGAAAAGUCGGCAUUUGUGAUUGAAUUGGUGGAGAAGAGGCCACCAGCAAAUACGGGGGAGAAGGAUCUUCAGGACUAUGAUCCCUAUCAACAUCGUCAAGUCACUCAUCCAACCACGAACAAUGAAACCCUCAUUCAUCUCCUCAAAGGAUCCCUCGGAACGGGUAUCCUGGCCAUGCCAAUGGCUUUCUACCAUGCUGGAUACAUUGUUGGGAGUAUUGGGACGAUAGCAAUUGGUUUGCUGUGUACCUACUGCAUUCACAUGCUGAUCAAAGUGGAGUAUGAGAUGUGCAAGAGGAAGAAGGUUCCUAGCUUAAGCUAUCCAGCUGUGGGUGAAGCAGCUCUCUCCGAUGGUCCCAGAUGGUGUCGUGCCAUAGCCCCGCAUAUUGUACACGUGAUCAAUACGUUCCUGCUGAUCUAUCAAUUGGGCACUUGCUGCGUGUACGUGGUGUUCGUGUCGUCAAACAUAAAGUCCAUCGUUGAUUACUACACGGAAGAGAAGACGGACGUAAGGCUGUACAUGCUAAUCAUCCUCCUGCCAUUGAUUCUCAUCAAUUGGGUGAGAAAUCUUAAAUAUCUGGCGCCCUUCUCCACGAUCGCCAACUUCAUCACACUCAUCUCCUUUGGCAUUAUUCUCUACUACAUCUUCAGAGAGCCAAUUUCCUUCGAUGGACUCAUUGCUGUGGGAAAAUUGAGGGAUUUUCCGCUCUUCUUCGGUACGGUCCUGUUUGCACUUGAAGCUAUUGGGGUUAUUCUUCCACUUGAGAAUGAAAUGAAGACACCAAGACACUUUGGGGGUCCUUUUGGGGUCCUCAACAAAGCCAUGAUUGUCAUUGUGACCCUCUACGUGGGCAUGGGGCUCUUUGGCUACAUCAACUACGGCUCAGAUGUCCUUGGCUCCAUCACACUCAACCUGCCUCCCAGUGAAAUCCUUGCUCAGUGCGUUAAGGGUAUGCUAGCCUUUGCCAUCUACAUCACCCACGGAAUUGCUUGCUACGUGGCCAUUGACAUCACAUGGAAUGAAUAUCUCUUCAAGAGAUUCCAAAGUAGCACAAGAAAAGUAUUUUGGGAAUACGUAACACGAACAAUCCUGGUUCUAAUUACUUUUCUUUUGGCCGUUGCAAUUCCCAAUUUGGAGCUCUUCAUCUCACUUUUCGGUGCUCUCUGCUUGUCAGCCCUUGGGCUUGCUUUCCCAGCACUAAUGCAAACCGCAUGCUACUGGCAUGUGCGCAAGGGUAAAGCAAAGGUCCUGAUGGUGCUGAAGAACGUUGUGAUUGCCAUAAUUGGUGUUGUGGGGCUCGUUGUUGGCACUUACACGAGUAUCUCGGACAUCAUUGCCACCUUCUUCGAGGAUGGCGGUGAAAGUGGCCAUCACUGAAAGGAGACUCUUCCCCCACCCCCACACUGACCUUCUGUGGGAUCUGUGAAGUAUUAUUUUGCACAUUCCAUUGCCGUUUUGUGCUACAAAAAACUUCCCCAAAAAAAUUUCAAAUCAGAAGUGCCUUUUGCUCCGACAUUAUACUUUAAAAGAAAAUUAUACAUAUUUUAGAAUUUAGAGGAUAUUUUUUUUGUAAGAAGAGAUAAAAUACUCUCCAACCCUCAGCAGGAAGGAGGGUUGGGGUGCGAUUUAAUUCUAAUUCACAUCGUUGUGAUAAAUGAUUUUAUGAUAGUUUUAGCUGAAGAGAGAUCACCUUUCUACAAUCAUAGUAUUUUGUAUUAAUUAGAAAGAGAUUUACUAACAGUUAGUUUUUGUAGGAGUGAAGCAAUAGAUGGCGCGUAGUGCUGUGUGGAGGAUUUCAAACAGGAACAUCCUUGCAAUUUCAAAAGAACUAAACUUGAUUUUCAGUUUGAAUUUAGCUUUAAUUAAUUUAGUGACGAAUGAAAAAUUUCUCUCGUGCCAAGAUCACAUGACAAGAUGAAGGAUUUUCAAGAAUUAUCCCUUUGAGAGAGAGAGAAAUGCGUAUUAUGAAGUCUGUGACGCUGUUUCAAGCGUCAACCUUACAAUUUGCACGUUAUUUAAAGAAAGAUUAAUUUUCAUUACAAAAAACCUUUUCAUGCUGAAGAAAAAAAUGUAAAAAUAACAAAGAAAAUUUGUAAAUUGAGAAAAUUGAGAAAUAAAAGAAAAAUCGAGUAAAAAA